AUAUUCCCUUCCUCGCGCGAGAAGUGGGGUUCCACCUCUCGCGAGGCUUCGGCGCUGCGGUAGAAGGAGCUGCUCCGCCACUUUGAGGGGGGGGGAAAGGGAGGGAGAGAGAAAAGGCGACGGGAAGGACGGAGGAGUCGGAAUCUCGCUCAGCAGCGGCGGACGACGACGACCACCACCAUCUCCACCUCGUGCUCCCACGUCCGCUUCUCUCUCUCCCCCCCCCUCUCCUUCCCUCCUCUUCCUUGCCCCUUCCUCCUCAGGCGACUUGCCGACAGGGAUGCUACUGCGGAGCUCCGGGCCGCUUCCCGCGGCUCUGUCCCUCCUCCUCGCUGCGGCGGGGAGCCUGUUUCCGACGCCGGCCGACGCGCAGAACGAGCCCAGGAUCAAUGCCAGUGCUGAAGUGUUAAUCAUUCCAUCAUCUACACCUCCCAUCACGCUACAGUGCAACCUCACAACAAGUCCCAGUCCCCUCACUGACAGCUAUUGGGUGAAAAAUGGUGAAGAGAUUUCGAGUACUAGAAAGAACACAGAUACUACAGAGUACAAAAUUCCAAAGCCCAGAGCAGACGAUUCAGGGGAAUAUGUGUGUGUGUUCGUAUUUUCUGGUUCUCCUAUAGCAAAUGCCUCUAUAGAAGUGAAAGCUGCUCCUGAUAUUACUGGGCACAAACGAAGCGAGAACAAGAAUGAAGGGCAGGAUGCACUGAUAUAUUGCAAGUCUGUAGGCUUCCCAUACCCUGAAUGGACUUGGUAUAAGAAGAUCAAUGGAUUUUCUGAGCCAAUCAAGAAUUCUACUGGCCGCUUCUUCAUUACCAAUAAAGAGAACUACACUGAAUUGAUCAUUGUGAACCUCCAGAUCAAUGAGGAUCCUGGCGAGUAUGUAUGCAACGCAACCAACUCGGUUGACUCCAGGAUUGAAGUCACCAUCCUGCGUGUUCGCAGCCACCUGGCUCCUCUGUGGCCCUUCCUGGGGAUUCUGGCAGAGUUAAUCAUUCUUGUUGUUAUCAUUGUGAUUUAUGAGAAGAGGAAGCGGCCAGAUGAGGUCCCUGAUGAUGAUGAACCAGCUGGGCCAAUGAAAACCAACUCUACAAACAAUCACAAAGACAAAAAUCUACGCCAGAGAAACACAAAUUAAAAUAAUGCUUAUAGCUUUAAGUUUGGGAAACGGAUGGAAAUAUCAUCUGCUAAAUUGAAUAAUUGGAAUGGUUGGUUUUCAAACUCCAGCCCUAUCUCUGAUGUUUUUCUUUUUAAGUGAGCAACAGUGACUGUCUAAAGCAUGCCUUAUUUAGCGUCUCUUCUAGAGAUGACUAGCUGAUAUAUAUAAUAAUGCUUCACUAUAGAGGGUGUAAACUAUUUUGCCUUUAUGUGCUGUGAAUGUUGCUUUUUUUCUUUGAGAAUAUUAAGUAUUACAAGUAAAAAGUCCGAUCAUGCAUGCAGCAUUUUUUACUUAAUGUAGCUGUUCAAAUUAACAAAGCUCUAAGAUGCACUGCUGCCAUCUAGUGAAAACUUUUGUAAAAGUACAGCAAAACCUAAAAUAUAUACAGUAUAUAUUUAUAUUUUUGGGAGGGGAAACCAAACUACAGUAAAUGUUUGAGUUUUAAGCUGCUGAAUUCAUUCCUUAUAUUGUAUGUCUGAGAGAUGAGAGAAUUAUGUCCAGUAUUUAAAAGAAGUUACAUAAACUGAAAAUUAUUCUAAGGGCUUAAUCUAUAAUGAGAAACUUGGAUAUCUUAUCAAAGAUUACAAGAGAUGGAAUAGUCCGAUAAGUGGUGAUGAACUGCAGUAAAAAAAAUUUGUUUAUAAAUAUUAUGAUUACUUUUUAAGUGAUUUUUUGUUAAAUCAUGUAAAUUUCUCAUCCUUUUGCACUGAUGUGUUCACAUUCUUGUACUUUCAAUUCAGGCAGAAUUUUAUAACUUUUGUUUCAGUGUUAAUGUUAGAGCAUGGUGAUAAUGCUAUGCAACUGAUUUGUUUCAGUUUGACACUAAAUUUUCAUGUUGAUUUAAAGAUUGAUUAUAGAGUCACAGACAUAACAGGGUUCUUAGACUGUGGCAUACCUGUAGAUGCAUGAAUUUGUGAUGUGUGUACUUGUUGAAGUGCAAUCAUGUGUAUAAAAAGUGGAUUCACCUGUUUUUAAAAAUAAAACACUGAUAAAAGCCUGA